AUGCUUCUAAGAGCUGGGAGAUGCCUGCAGCAGUAUAUUGUGGACAUGUAUGUCAAAAUUGAAAACACGCGAUUGGAUUUCUCCCGCUACAAUCAGGAAACCAUCAGAGCAGAUCUAUACCAAGGCAUACUUGAUACACUGGAAAGCGGAGAAAACAGUGCAGCUAAUGUUGGCCAUAGAGUAAUAUUGCCACCUUCGUUCCUCGGAGGACCUAGAGACAUGAAAAAGAGAUAUUUAAAUGCAAUGUCUUUGGUGCAGCGCUAUGGAAAGCCUGAUUUGUUCAUCAUAAUGACAUGCAAUGUAAAUUGGCCAGAGAUCAAGAAGGAGUUGGCUGUUGGAGAAGAAGCUCAGAAUCGUCCCAAUUGGUUGCAAGGAUUUUUCGUGCCAAGCUACUAG